AUGAUGAAGAGGUGCAUGAGGAUUAUGACGAGGAAGAGGAUGAAGAAUGAUGGCGGAAGGAUGAGCGUUGACUUUGCCAUUUCUGACAGGCCACCAUCUCCCUCUGACUUCACCCUCAUCGCUUCGCAGGACCAGGAAAGCUUGCAGCGGAUCCUGGGUGUGGAGGAAGUUCUCUCUCCGGAGCAGGAUACAGGUUCUCCAAUGCAGUGGGAGCAAGAUCUGGAGAAGGCCAUCAUUGAUGCUGAUGCUAUUUCCACAGCUUCCAGCGACCAGGCCCUGAUGAUUGGCCUAGAUCGCAUCUCUGUUGCCGGCACAGACAACAACACAAUGUCUGGAGUCAGCUCUGAGAGUGGACAGCAGGUGGAUGGCGAUAGUCCUCUUGAUGAUGAUGUCAAAGACAGACAGCAUCUUUACCAAGCAUACAUGAGAGAAAUGGAGAGUGAGAGAUUAGCAUUGGCUGAGGAUGAGUUGAGGGAGAAGGUGUGGUCUUUGUCUAGAUCUGAGGAGUUCUCUGCUGAAGCUUAUGAAGCUGAUUCACGAGAUGGCAGGGAAGGGGCUGAGGAGGGUAAAGCUGACGAUGUUGUGUAUGACAUGUAUGAAGAUCAUGUUCAAUCCCAGAUGUCCCUACAGGACAAGGAAGACUCCAAAGACACUCUGAGUUUAGAAGUCGGCUAUAUCUCUCCUCAAGCUAAUUUCGAUGAUAUUUCACAAGACACACAAGGCCAGGUCACUGAGUUUGAGGAGGGGGUACUUGCUCCGGCGGAAGAGGCAGGAGUCAGUGAUCAGAUACAUGAGGAAAGCACUGAGACAAAACGGCAGAUAACACAGUGGGAGGAUGGUGAAACUAAAGUGGAAGUAACAGAGACAUCUCAAAUGUCUACUACUGAAGAAGUGAGAGGUGAUGAAGGAGGCUUGUUUUCUGAAGAAAAACAGCAUGACAUGUUUUCAACCCAUGGGAAAUAUUCCUACUCUUAUAAAGAAACACAAGAAAUUAGAUCUUCAGAGGAGGCAUUUAGAGGGACCAGUUUAAGAGAAGAGAUUGAAAGCAGUUCUGAGUACAAAGUCAGCAGCUUUUCCUCACAUUCUGAAAUCAAGUCUGGCCUAGAGUUUCAGUUAGAACCUGGUGACGACCUUGCCCACCGUGACCAGGAAGAACUGAAGCUAUUUGAUGAGCAAGGCCAAGAAAUGGCGGCCAUGGCGGCUCUACAGUCAUCAGAUAAAAUGAGCUCCUCCAGCUCAGAAGUUGCCCAGUUGGAUGAUUUUGAUAAUCAAG